AUGCAGUCGAUUGCUAGGCUCUCUGCUCGUUCCGCUCCUCGCAAGGCUGGUUCCAUCGCUCGCUUCCACACCUCGACGGCGCCUCUCGCCAGCACCACCAAGCUCUUCAUCGACAACGAGUUCGUGGAGUCCAAGGCCACCGAAUUCGUCGAUGUCUUUGACCCCGCCACCCAAGAGCUGGUGACCCGUGUGCCGAUGGCCACCAAGGACGAGAUGCAGGCUGCUUCCGACUCGGCCAAGAAGGCUUACGCUCAGUGGUCCGAGACUCCCAUCAGCGCCCGCGCUCGCGUCAUGUUCAAGCUCCAGGCCCUCAUCAGCGAGAACAUGGAGGAAAUCGCGCGCUGCAUCACCAAGGAGAACGGCAAGACCCUGGUCGACGCCAGGGGCGACGUCUUCCGAGGCCUCGAGGUCGUGGAGCACGCCUGCUCGACCGGCACCGUUCUGAUGGGCGAGACCGCCGAGAACGUGGGCAAGAACAUCGACACCUACAGCUACCGCCAGCCCCUCGGCGUGUGCGCCGGCAUUACGCCCUUCAACUUCCCCGCCAUGAUCCCCCUGUGGAUGUUCCCGCUGGCCGUCACCUGCGGUAACACCUUCCUGCUCAAGCCCUCCGAGAAGGACCCCGGCGCGUCCAUGAUCAUCGCCCGCCUCGCCCGUGAGGCCGGCCUCCCCCCGGGUGUCCUCAACGUCAUCCACGGCGCCCACGACUCUGUCAACUUCAUCUGCGACGACCCUGCCAUUCGCUCCAUCUCGUUCGUCGGUGGUGACGCCGCUGGUCGCCACAUCCACUCCCGUGGUACCUCCAACGGCAAGCGCGUCCAGUCCAACAUGGCCGCCAAGAACCACGCCGCCAUCAUGCCCGACGCCAACAAGGAGGCCACCCUCAACUCGCUCGUCGGCGCCGCCUUCGGCGCUGCUGGCCAGCGUUGCAUGGCUCUCUCCACCGCCGUCUUCAUCGGUGAGAGCAAGGAGUGGAUCCCCGAGUUGGUCGAGCGUGCCAGGAAGCUCAAGCUGAGCUCUGGCUUCACCCCCGGCGCCGACCUGGGUCCCCUCAUCACCAAGGAGUCCAAGGACCGCGUGAUUCGCCUCAUCCAGAGCGGUGUCGACCAGGGCGCCGCCAUCCCCCUCGACGGCCGCAACGUCUCCGUGCCUGAGUUCCCCAAGGGCAACUUCGUGGGUCCCACCGUCCUCACGGGCGUGCGACCUGACAUGACGUGCUACAAGGAGGAGAUCUUCGGCCCCGUCCUGCUCUGCCUCACCGCCGACACCCUCGAGGACGCCAUCCAGCUCAUCAACAACAACCCCUACGGCAACGGUACCGCCAUCUUCACCCGCUCCGGUGCGGCUGCGCGCAAGUACCAGCACGAGAUCGACGUGGGUCAGGUGGGCAUCAACAUUCCCAUCCCCGUGCCCCUUCCCUUCUUCUCCUUCACCGGCUCGCGUGGCUCCUUCGUCGGCGCCUCCCACUUCUACGGCAAGGCUGGCGUGCACUUCUACACGCAGACCAAGACGAUCACGUCCCUGUGGAAGGAGGAGGACCUCUCGCAGUUCGGCACCAACAUGCCCAUCCUCUCCAAGCACUAG